AACAAAUUUGCCGCUGAUUUUCUUCAACUCUGUUUUUAUAAUAGAUUCUGAAUUUUUUUUUGAAACAAUCUGCAUCUUGAACUUUAAUGACUACUUCCUUAAUUACUAAACAGAAUGAAGCCAAAAUAUAUCCCUUCAGAUUGGCAAAGAAAUCUAUUAAUGUGGUUUAGUUAGUAGUAUAUAUUGAAAUAAAGCUUUCUACGGCAUAAAUAUGCAAACUCCUCAAGUAGUUCCAGUCCAACGGUUCUCUUAUGUGCCUAAAUUCCAGCCACCUGCAUUUCAAAAACAAAAUCAUGUUGCAUUCCCAGCCCAUCGACAGCAUGCACAAACAGCAAACCAAGCAAUAGAGUUUGAUGGGAAAAGGCUCAGGAAAGCUGUUACUCGUAAAACUGUAGAUUAUAAUUCAGCUGUGAUUAAACAUUUGGAAGCUCGAGUAUGGCAAAGAGACUACCGAGACAGAAGAGCUAUGCAACCAGAUCCUGCAUAUUAUACAGAGAUGACUCCUCCAUUAAGUAUGCCUGACAAUCCUAUAAAUUCAGUAACUACUAAAUUUGUUCGAACUUCCACAAAUAAAAUGAGAUGUCCUAUAUUUUGUGUCGCAUGGACACCUGAAGGUAGGAGAUUGGUUACUGGAGCUUCUAGUGGGGAAUUCACAUUAUGGAAUGGGCUGACUUUUAAUUUUGAAACUAUCUUACAGGCUCAUGAUUCACCUGUAAGGUGUAUGGUUUGGAGUCACAAUGAUGUUUGGAUGGUCACUGGUGACCAUGCAGGCUAUGUAAAAUAUUGGCAAAGCAAUAUGAAUAAUGUAAAGAUGUUUCAAGCCCACAAAGAGCCUUUGAGAGGCAUUAGUUUUUGCCCAAUUGAUACCAAAUUUGUUACUUGCUCUGAUGAUGGCACAGUACGCAUUUGGGAUUUCUUAAAGUGUUUUGAAGAAAAGAUUCUUAGAGGUCAUGGUGCUGAUGUUAAGUGUGUUGACUGGCAUCCUCAAAAGUCACUUAUUGUGUCUGGUAGUAAAGACAGUCAACAGCCUAUUAAACUGUGGGAUCCUAAAAGCGGGCAGUCCCUCGCAACAGUACAUGCUCACAAAAAUACUGUGAUGGACGCACGGUGGAAUAAAAAUGGAAACUGGCUAUUGACAGCUUCUCGUGAUCACUUAAUUAAGUUAUUUGAUAUUAGGAACAUGAGUCAAGAAAUGCAAACGUUUAGGGGUCACAAAAAAGAAGCCACCACUUUGGCGUGGCAUCCUACUCAUGAAGGCCUUUUUUCUAGUGGAGGAUCAGAUGGAUGUGUUAUGUUUUGGGUUGUUGGUGCUGAUAAAGAAGUUGGAUGCAUGGAACAGGCUCAUGAUUCUUGUGUGUGGUCUUUAGCAUGGCAUCCACUGGGUCACAUUUUAUGUUCAGGAUCUAACGAUCACUCUAGUAAAUUUUGGACAAGAAAUCGUCCAGGUGAUCGAAUGCGGGAUAAGUACAACUUAAAUACUCUGCCUAAGGGACAAGAAGAUGCUGCAGAUUAUGAUGACUCAAACACAAUUUCGUCUAUUCCUGGCAUGGGCUUAGAAUAUGGUCUUCCUGAUCACUUAAAGCAGCAAGACAACAGUUUUGAGGAUGAAGUUAUGCACAUACCUGGAUUGGAUUUCACGACUGAAGAAUCUGCCACAGAAAAAUCAACACAGCAAAAGAAAACUCCUUUUGCUAAGCCUAUACCGAAACAGUUCCAGCAGCAAUGGAUGGAGAGCAAACAGCCUUUACUUCUUGCACCACCUCCAGAGAGUCAAGAACGUAGCAAUGGUCAGAUACAAGCAGCGCCAGAGAAGAAACAACGAAUGCCAGCGCCUGAGCAAUUUCAUGUAAAUUCCAGAAGUGAAAAUCAGUAUCCUGAGCAAGUCAUCCAACCACCACGACCUGCAUUAUUGGGAGAAAGACCCAUAGAUCAAAAUCAAGUGCCUGUUUUGCCGCAGCAUGAAAGUGGACUGAAGCCUUCAAAUGAUAUGUCUUAUCAGGAAAAUGAAAACUUCCCACAUAACAUGAAUGCUGGCACCCAUGAUGCAUGGCGUUCUUACUCCGAACAUCCCACUGACAUGGAUGUGCAACACAGAGAAAUGCAAGACAAUAUGCAUCGAGAAAACGGAGCCUCGAUACAAAAUCGUGAAAUGAGGCCCGGUUUCGAACCCACUAACAAUUCAAUCAGCCCCAACCGAGGCAGACAGGAACGAUUUCCUCAGCCGCCAUCGAUGGGCGAUGAGGAUUUCAGGUCGGAAAAUGUUUCACGAAAUGGACCACCUUCCCACUAUGGACCAGAUGGACGUUAUCCCGCUGGUGACGUUGACCUUAGGAAUAAUCACAUGGGGCCAGGACAAGAUGACAUGGGUUACCGUGGUGGGCAUAAGCAUGCAUGGACUGAUGGCCCCAUGCGGGAAGAGUCUUACCCUCAAAGAAUGGAUUAUGAUGGCCCUCCACCUUCUGAUUUUAAUAAUUCUAGAAUGCACAUGAGGCCACCUGCUAACCAAAUGUUCCACAACAGUAGGGGUAAUAGGGGUCAUUACCGGGGCAGAUCCUCUCCGUACCGCAUAGUAAAUAGGGGAAGAGGAGGCAGAGGAGGAUUUUCAAGUUAAUGUGCUGUCACUGUGUUUUUAGAAUAUUGACAAAAAUUUGUAAUAUAUAUAUAUACAUAUAUUCAUCUGACAGUUUUUAUUUUCUCUUUCUGCAAAAAUUUCCUCCAUGGCAAGCUUUAUCAGCAAAGAUGAAAGUACUAAUAUAUUCGUUGGAAAAUGAACUUAUAAUUUCAAGAAAGAUAUUUUGCUAUUUACUUUUCUUUAUGUUGUGCGGCGUGAUUAUAUAAAACUUAAGUUUCGCAUUUUUCCCCUUGAAGAAUUCAGUCUUCCUUUCAUCGAUUUUUUGUUAUUGCAAAACCUGCCUUCCUUUCAUUUUCAGAUGAAAUAAUAUAUAUUUUUUAAUUAUUAAAAUGAUUUUAUUUCUGAGAAUAAUUCAAUGAUUUCUUUUCAGUAGCAACUGUAAGCUAUCUUGU